GUAUGUACGUACAUCAUCUGCCUAAUGACUUGCUGCAUUCCACUGCUAAUGGUGCACUUGUUGAGUAUACAAUGAAACCUUAGCUGUCUAAACUGGCUCUUUCAUUCACGUACACACUGCAUGUUGUGUGCAUGCGCAGCGAGGUAUAAUCUAUGGUACUGUGUGUGUGUGUGUACUUGCUAUCCAUUUUCCACUCUUUGCAAAUGUUAUAUUGAAUUGAUAAUCUGAUUAUACUUCAUUCAUCAAAGCUUUUGUGUGUCCACCAGCAGAUCCAUACAAUAAAAAGCACACGCGGUACUUUCAGUAUCUGUAUGAAUUUUUUCUUCUCUUCUCAGGGAUACAAGAAACCUAAAAAGUUCAUAGCAACACAAGGACCACUGCCAGGAACUCUGGUGGACUUCUGGCGUCUCAUGUGGCAGGAGAGACCACCCAUAAUAGUCAUGCUCACCAACCUCAUGGAGAACAACAAGAUCAAGUGUGAACAGUACUGGCCAGAGUCUGGGAAGAAGCAGUUUGGACCAUUCACAGUGGCCAUUACAGAUCAGCAGAUACUGGCUGACUACACCAUCAGAACACUGGAGGCUUCAUUGGAUGGAGACCGCCGUGUGCUGAGAGUCAAGCUAUUCCAUUUCACUGCCUGGCCUGAUCACGGUGUGCCUGACUAUGCCACGCCCAUUCUUGGGUUCCAUCGUCGGGUCCAGUCCCAACACAAGCCAUCGAAAGGUCCUAUUCUGAUCCACUGCAGUGCUGGUGUGGGACGCACAGGCACUUACAUUGCCAUUGAUAAUGUCCUCGAUCAGAUCUCAGUCGAUGGUCUCAUUGAUAUUUCUGGUACCAUUGUCAAAUCUCGCAACCAGAGGAUGAAGCUUGUACAAACACAGGACCAAUAUGUGUUCAUCCACGAUGCUAUCCUGGAGUCAGUGACAUGUGGAGACACUCAGAUCAGUGCUGGAGAUCUGCGCAGACAGAUACAGAAGAUGUCAUUAGUGUCCCCGGGAAAAACCAUCUCAGAUUUCCAAUACCAGUUUCAAAUUCUGGAACAGGUUACUCCAAAUCCUAAAGAAGUUCGAAGUCCUAUUGCUGUUAAGAAUGCUGCCAGGAACAGGAACAUGGACUACCUGCCACCUGAGACCAGUCGUGUGAUUCUGAAGGGAGAGCAACCUGACUACAUUCAUGCUGUGUUUGCUCAUGGCUACAAGCACCAGAAGGCAUACAUCAUUGCCCAGAAUCCACUGGACUCAACUGUGCGUAACUUCUGGAAGGUGAUCUUUGAAAGGAAGUGUGCGGCUGUUGUGAUGUUGACUCCACUCAGUGAGAAUGGGCAGGAGGCAUGCUCCCAGUACUGGCCAGAGAGUGGCAAUGUCACCUCCUUCGGUGAGUUCACCAUCGAUAACUUGGGGGAGGAAACCAACACUGGGUUCGUUAUGAGGCAACUGAGCGUCCUCAAUGAAAAGACCCAAAAGGCCCAUCAAUUGACUCAGUUCCACAUCACUAACUGGAAUAGCAGUGGAAAGUGUGAGAACCUCAAGACUGUAACUGACGUGAAUGAGGAGGUUAUAAAGGUUCAAAGGAGGACUGGAAACAACCCUGUGCUGGUCCAUUGCAAUGACACUGCGACCCGCUCUGGUAUGUACUGCUCUGUAGGUACUACCAUUGACCGUUGCAAGACAGAGGGAGUGGUGGAUGUGUUCCAGGUGGUCAAGGCUCUCAGGGUCCACAAGCCAGGGGCAGUACCCUCAGUUGUGAGUUCAUCUGCUGCUUACAUAGUGGGAGGCUUGUACUAUUGCAAGAGCCAGACCUUGCCUAGGACCUGUACCAACACAUACUGUUUAAUACAAGAUAUUGUGAAAGCUUCAAGCCUCUGUACUGUUGAUUAGUGCCAUUUUCAAUGUAGUUUUGUACCAUCAUGUGUACUGUAUUUGCGCGUCAGUCAAUAUGGCUACCACGUGCAGAGAUGAUAGCCUCAGAUAGGGUCAAAGUUCACUGAGGAUACUAUUUGAUUGCGGCUUCCAUUGCACUGAAGAUGGGCUGUAGGGAGGCUACUAUUUGAGUGCGGCCUUUAUACAAGAGCGGCCUCUGAUCAAGCAAAUACUGUAGUUAGUGUAUCCCCUCACAGGACAACUACAAGGAUCUGUUUGAUGCUACUCUGGUCUACUUGGACUCCUUUGACAACUAUGCCAACUUUCAAGAUAUUUGAUGUACAUGAACUAUACACAAGAAAUGAACAAAUGUAAUUAUAGACUCUGUCGAGUAUAAUAGGAAUAAUUUAUAGACUUCCUUUUGAUUUGUACAAUAAUAAUUGUCAUAGAGCUCUGUUUAUAUACUCACCAUGCACAGCUGUUUGAAAUUACCCUGAAUUCAAUGAAUAGAUAAUUAUAACUUGA